AUGGUCGACUUCCUCGAGAGCUUCGACUUCGGCACUGAUGCACCCCGCCAAUCCAACGACUCGAGAUGCGCAUCCGUCGACGAAAUGGUGGCGCAACUGCGGGUCGUGCUGGAGCAGAAGGUGACGGAGACGCGGGCCGAGCACGUCAGCGUCGCGUACGAGCUGCGAACCACGACAAAGUUUACGCUUGUCCAGUCCGACUCUGAGGAGGAGGAUGACAAUACCGUCAAUGUCAUGGACACGUUGCUCAGCGGUGGCGCUGAGGAGCUGACUACUGUCGUGUCGGCCAACCAGGUCAUCGUGAACCAGACUGACGAUCCUGCGCGGCAGCGAGCUGUGGGCAAGAACAUUAUUCGGGCUGUCGCCGCUGCAGAUGGGAGCUGCUGGGUGUUGCGCGGCCUGUCGAGGGGUCGUGAUGGGUGGACGUUGCGGUAUGCAUGCGGCGCAUCAUAUCAGGAAUGGAUUCGCCAGAGUGCGAAGAAUCCGCCCAAGACUGUCGUUGGCGCCUACAGCUUCCAGGUGCCUGACCCGGCCCUGAUGGACCGGCCCGCAUUUGACUGUCGCGGAUCAAUCUCCGUCUGCUUCAACCGUGGCAACCACUCCAUCACUGUGCAAUAUUCACACACCCUCAUGCACCAGACGGUGGGACAGCUGAAGGAAAAGUUUCCCGUCCGAGUGCGCGAGCCAGGGCCUGGAUACCAGCGUCAGCUGGAGAUCAGGAACACACCUAAGAAGCAGAAGAAGCCAAGGAGCGAGAAUCCCAGAGGCGAUAAGAGGGAGAGGCCAUGGAAGUCGGAUGGCGAUAAGGCGGAUCGGCCCAGGAAGCGCAAGCGUGAUAAGAAGACUGCCCCUGCACCGGUCGUUCCUAUGGGGGAUGCCAUUUCGGUCGAGGCCUCUUCCUCUAGCCAGCAGCAAGGACAACAACCUGCUGUUUCUGGCCAAAAGGAUGGCAACGUGCCACUCGUAAGCGUUUCAGCGGAGGAGGCGGCUCGUCGUCUUGCUACGGCCAGGGAGCUCCUGUUCAACGCGGGCGUCGACCCGGACACCCUCUCGACGGAGCAGAUGAAUAUCUUCGCCAAUCAGGCCCCCAAUAUCCAGAAAGACUCGGUUGCCAUGCUGGCCAAGUAUGGCGCGCAGCAGCUUCAGAUCGUCCACCCACAGGCUAAGGCUCGCUCCCAGUCUCAGCAACAGCAGCAGCAGCAGACCGACAACGGUAGCAACAACAACAACAACGACGACGAUGCCUCGGAAAACACCACGAAUUCAAGCACCGGCCCGGUGAUGACGACACAGGAGCUCGCCCUGGGCGGUGGCGUCGAGGAGCAGCAGACAGAGAACGGUGGCGGCAGGUCCACUAAGCAGAGAAAGGUUGGCAAGUCCCGCGUCUCUUGCUACCAGUGCAAGAGCCGUAGGGCGAAGUGCCCCAAGGACAGGCCUUCUUGCUCCGAGUGUCAGUCGACGGGCCAGUCGUGCGAGUAUCCGCUUCAGAAGCCUCGCAAGAGGGAGUCAGAGGCCGCGGUUGCUGAGGGCGAUAAUGGUGAUGGGACUACCGUCAUUGCCCGCGACGAGCAGCAACCUCGGCUGCCAGUUGAAGAGGAGCAGGGGCAGUACGAUGCUGAAGAGCAUGAUGAUACCGAGAUGGAGCAUCAGCAGCUACCUCCAUUGCUUCCGGAGUUUCCGGCCCAACUAGCUCCGCAACCACAGCCGACACCUCAUUCCCAGUCGGUGUCUGGCCUAGCCCUUCCCCUCGCCAAUCUCUCACAGCAGCAGAGGACGAGUAUGUCGCCUCAGAUGGGCGGGACCCCCGACAUGCCGACGGCACAUGCCAGUGCCUAUCCGCGUCCCGCCCCCGACCGGGUGCAGAGGCAGGCCCAUGUGCUGGCUGGUGUUUCCACCACGCGGAGACCCUCACCCGCCUACCUACGAUACAAUGACGGCGGUAGCCAGUCCGGCAGACGCACCCCCAUCGUCAGCAGCAACAGCAACGCAUCCAGCGACAUCACCUACAAGCCCUUUUCGCACCAGCAGGCCAUGAUGCAGCAGCGCGACCCCGACCGGUAUGGCUCCCACGGCUACAGCGGGAGCGACACCCUCGGCGGUAGGGACACGUCCUCUCCCACCCUGUCCGAUCCCAUGGCCGCCAUGGCACAAGAAGCAGCCACCAAACUGCCGCAGAACGCCUGGGCCUCUACGCCGGCCUCCUCCCCCAACGACAUGCAGCGCGGCCGGACCGCAGCGGCCGUCUCUCAGCCCGCAGACGGGCGCCACCACUCGUACGGCACUACGGCGGGACAUCCGCAGCAGCAAACGCAAGCACCAUACUACGACCCGUUCUCCACAGGCACAAACGCUGCCUCUACGGCCCACGGGGUUGACUUAUUCGGUGUGGAUGCCCAGAGGGCACAGCAAGGCAAGCCUCACGACCAGCAACAGCAGCAGCAGGGUGCGUGGAACUUUUACACGCAGUCGGGACGGGGAUUUCUCUAG